AUGGUUAACACGAGAGGGGUCGUCAGAUUAUCCCAUACACCAAAAUGGUUGGACUUCAAACUAGAUUUCACCAAAACAAACACGUUUUUAAAUUCCAUAUUCCAUAAUUCUUUUGAAGAACACUUGUAUUGCAGCCAUGACUGUUUCAUUAAAAAUGUAUACAGUUCCAUUUUCUGUUCCAGAAGGAGUCCAAGUUGUUCUGAAACCCGAAAUCUCACGCGUGUUGUCUCAGAAUUCCACCUCUUGGGCUUCUCCGAGGAUCCAGAGCUGCAGCCCCUCCUCCUGGGACUGUUCCUCUCCAUGUACCUGGUCACGCUGCUCGGGAACCUGCUCAUCAUCCUGGCUGUCACCUCCGACUCCCACCUGCACACACCCAUGUACUUCUUCCUCUGCAGCCUGUCCUUGGCUGACGCAGGGCUCACAUCCACCAUGGUUCCCAAAAUGAUUGUGGGCAACCUCACCCAUAGCACAGUCAUCUCCUAUGCCGGCUGCCUGACUCAGAUGUCUCUCUUCAUCAUUUUUGUCAUCAUGGAUGAUUUUCUUCUGACAGUGAUGGCCUAUGACCGGUUUGUUGCCAUCUGCCACCCCCUGCAUUACCAGGUCAUCAUGAACCCCCGCCGCUGUGGCACCCUACUUCUGCUGUCCUUUGUGGCCAGCCUUUCUGAUUCCCUGCUGCACAAUGUGAUCUUAUUACCAGUUGCAUGCUUUAAGGAGGUAGAAGUUUCCAGUUUCUUCUGUGAUCCUUCUCAACUUCUCAACCUUAUUUGUUCUGACAUAUUCACCCACGACGUGGUCAUGUACAGUGUCAGUAUCCUAUAUGGCUUCGUCCCUAUGUCAGGGAUCCUCUUCUCCUACUAUAAAAUUGUGUCCUCCAUCCUGAGGGUCCCAUCUCCAGGUGGCAGGUACAAAGCCUUCUCCACCUGUGGCUCUCACCUCACAGUGGUUUGCUGCUUUUAUGGAACAGGCCUUGGUGUGUAUCUCAGUUCAUCUUUCUCACUCUCUCCCAGGAGGUGUGCAGCAGCCUCAGUGGUGUACACGGUGGUCACCCCCAUGCUGAACCCCUUUAUCUACAGUCUGAGGAACAGGGACAUCAAGAGGGCCACGAGGAGGCUCCUGGGCAUGGAAAUCUAA